UUCGACCAAUACUCCGAACGAACACGGCCUUACGAGAGAGCAACGUGUGCCAGUCGACACUCGCGAGCGUAACGCGUACACCGCGCGCACCGCGGAGAGUGCUUGCCGUGCUUCUUUUCCGCUCCUCCUCGUUCUAGCGGUUCUUUUACCGCGAGUGCUAACGGGAAUUCCCGUCGGACUCUUCCCGACUUCUGGACCCGGGGGGCGAGAUUCACGGAUUUUUCCCGACUCUCCCCUCCUCGGUUUUACGCAAUUUUACAAUUGAAGUUAACGUUACCGCGCGCACGGUGGAGUAUAUAGUCCUCGGCGGUGAUUUCGGAUUUCUGUACUAUAAAUAUCGAGAAGAAUGAUAUCUGUGAUGUUUAUUCGUGAUAAUGGAAACGCGACGGACGCCGCGCAGAGUACAGUUCCGCGUGUAACGUCGGAUAGUAAAAUUCGCAUCGAGAUGUCGAAAACCUCGUUAGUUUUAGCCUCGAUGUAUUCGGUAUAGGAAGAACUGUACCGGUGCUCACGAAACUCAUUUCGCAUUCCGAGUGCGUAGCGAGUUACUGCGACCCGUUCUUCGUGGCCGGCCUACCUUUGUGAACAUGGAAACCCGUCGACGUAUUGACACCGGUACCUCUCCGGACAGAGCAACGCAAGGAUCAAGCCUGAUGUCCGUAUGGUCGACCAGCACCGGGCGCAAUUCAUUGUUUGGCGCGGAGAGCGGCGGGGCGGCGCUCCCCACUUCGCACUUGCCGAUCCACGUACACGUGGCGCACGAACACCUGCGCAACGCUGACGGCCACUGCUUUCACAAACCGUUCCACGAUCACUGUCAGUCGACGAUGUCGCAAGCGGGGGAUGGCCUUCACACGCCGGGCUACUUGUCCUGGAGAAAACUGCAGCUGAGCCGCGCGAAGCUCAAGGCGUCCAGUAAGACGUCGGCCCUGCUCUCCGGUUUCGCUAUGGUUGCCAUGGUGGAGGUGCAGCUGAACCCCGAGACGAGUGUCCCGCCGGAGAUGAUGAUCGCCUUCGCCGUGUGCACGACCCUGCUCGUAGCCGUGCACAUGCUGGCGCUGAUGAUCUCCACAUGUAUACUGCCGAACAUCGAGGCCGUCUGCAAUCUGCACAGCAUAAGCCUCGUGCACGAGUCGCCGCACGAGCGUCUGCACUGGUACAUCGAGGUCGCGUGGGCCUUCUCCACGCUGCUGGGCCUCCUUCUGUUUCUGCUGGAGAUCGCGAUACUCUGCUGGGUGAAGUUCUACGACUUCUCCCAGGUCGCCGCCUGGUCGGCCUGCAUAGUACUGAUACCGGUGCUGAUAAUCUUCCUCGCGUUUGCGAUACACUUCUACCGGAGUUUGGUCGCGCACAAGUACGAGGUCACGGUGUCCGGCAUACGGGAACUUGAGUUACUCAAGGAGCAGAUCGAGUCCACGGACGUGGAGGGCAGGAACGGCGUGAAUUUCUUGCAGACCGGCGUAACGCAUAUCGUUUGAAUAUCGGUCUACGGAAUUUUUCGCCCGCCGUUUCUGAGACCGGACUCACGAAUCGAGCGUGACAAGAAGAAGUUUCCGCUCCGCGGAACGCGACGGGAGAGAGAGAGAGAGAGAGAGAGAGAGAGAGAGACAAAGAGGCAGAGAUCUUUUUUCAUGCCGACAUGCUGCAUUCGACGAGCGUUUCACGGCGACAUUUCUCGGAGGACUCUGCCAGAAAAGGAAGUCUUUCGAACGUGAGCCACUCGAGGAACAUGACAGAUGACCGCCUUCUUCACAUAUACACACACACACACACAUACACACAUACACACACGAUCGGCGCACACGCGCUGCAGAUGUUAGCGAAGAUUCGGUCAACAGAUAAGAUCUUCCUCCUCUUUUUUUUUUAUACGCGUGUUCUCUGUGAUGUAAAUUAGUACAAGCGCGAUGAGACUACUCCGUACGAUGCCGCGCGAUGCGAAAGCGUCGCGUCGGCUUUUAAGGAAGGAGACGAAGUUCGAUAACACAUCGUUGUAUAUGUAGGCAAAAAAAAAAACACAUUCCUUCAUUCGCGUCGCGACUUAAAAGGUAGGAAGAAUAGUAUGUUUUAAGGAUAUUACGAGACCCGCGUGUCAUCUCUGUGCGCAGCGCUCAAAAAGCGAUAAUAUACAAUAGCCUGAAUUAUCGAGAGAGAUGACGCGACUGGCGGAUGUACUCGAAUGUACUUAUCUUGAAAAACGUGCUUAUCCGAGAAACGCAAUCGACUUUACAGUUCUUAAGUGUGUUUCACGUUUAUGCCAAGACAUGUUUCGGCAAUACACGUGCAAUAUACGCUCUGCUACGUAAACUCGCCGUCGGUCGAACACACGAAAGUCGAUACCUUUUCUUAAAUACGCAGCAAUUUCUUCUUAUUCUUCGGCGCGCCAGGUACAUUAUUCUUAAAUACGUGUAAUACGUGUUGCGACUGCC